AUGAAAUUUCCGCUGGACACCCCGAGGAAACAAGUUAAUUGGGACCCCGAACAAGUGGCGGUCCAGACAAACUUGGUCCCUCCCAAGAAGGUCCAGGCUGGCGUAGCCAAGUCAAGUCUGGUCCAGGCCAGCGUAGCAACCAUGCAGAACCCCAUGGGCUGCGACCCGAAGGCCAAUGGCCAUUGCCCGCUGCCACGCCUCUCCAUCUCCUCCCGAUCUGCCAGCAUGGUGGCCAGCAUGGAUGCCAGCUGCGACGGCUCGGUAGCAGUGCUUCACUCUGUGAUGAAGUGGAAGACGGUGCUGGCUGUGUUCAUAGUGGUGGUGGUUUACCUGGUGUGCGGAGGGCUAGCAUUCAGGGCUCUGGAACAGCCAUUUGAGAAUGACCAGAAGACCAGCAUCACCAUGGAGAAAGCAUCCUUCCUGCAGCGGCACCCCUGUGUCACUCCUGAUGAGCUGGAGGCCCUCCUCAAGCAUGCCAUAGAUGCUGUGAGUGCAGGAGUAAGUCCCAUCGGCGACACGACCUACAAUUCCAGUCACUGGGACCUGGGCAGUGCCUUCUUCUUCGCUGGGACUGUCAUCACAACCAUAGGGUAUGGGAACAUUGCUCCAAGCACAGAGGGUGGCAAGAUCUUCUGUAUCCUGUAUGCAAUAUUUGGUAUCCCACUGUUUGGUUUUUUGUUGGCCGGGAUUGGGGACCAGCUGGGGACCGUCUUUGUUAAAAGCAUCUUGAGAGUUGAGAAAAUAUUCAGACAAAAACACAAACAGAUCAGCCAGACCAAAAUCAGAGUGACAUCCACCCUCCUGUUCAUCCUUGCCGGUUUCCUCGUCUUUGUCACCAUCCCGGCUGUCAUCUUCAAAAAGAUCGAGGGUUGGACGAUGCUGGAGGCCAUCUACUUCGUUGUCAUUACUCUCACCACAGUUGGAAUAGGAGACUACGUAGCUGGUGGGAACCGUAAAAUUGAUUAUAUGAAGUGGUACAAGCCCCUGGUAUGGUUCUGGAUCUUGGUGGGCUUGGCUUACUUUGCCGCGCUCCUGAGUAUCAUCGCAGACCGGCUGCGAGUGUUAUCCAAAAAGACCAAAGAGGAGGUUGGAGAGUUUAAAGCUCAUGCCGCUGAGUGGAAGGCAAAUGUACGCGCUGAGUUCAGGGAAACACGCCGGCGCCUCAGCGUGGAGAUCCAUGACAAGCUCCAGCGGGCCGCCACCAUCCGCAGCAUGGAGCGCCGUCAGCUAGGUCUGGAGCAGCGUGCCCACUCCCUGGACAUGCUCUCCCCAGAGAAGAGAGCCAUGUUCACCAGUUUGGAUGCAGGCCGCUUCAAGACUUCCUCUCAGGAGAGCAUCGACACCAAGCUGAACAACCUGAGGCUGAAGGGGGCAGGUGAGCCGUAUGACCAUCAGGUCGGGGAACAGACACAAGAGACGGCCUCUUCAUCUGAGGAAAACCUAUUCAACCUACGCUUUGGAUCCCUGACCAAGCUGGCCAAGCGCAACAAGAACCGUGAGCUGAAGAGAAACAUUCCUGAGGACGUCCGACAGAUGUGUGAAAGCAUGAGCAGUGGUGGCGCUGUAUUGGGAGAGGGGAGGGGUGAGGAAGAGGAGGGAGAUUUGAGGUCAGAGGAAGAAAACAGUGAGAGGAAGAUGGGAAACACCAGCCUCACAAAUCUCUCACAGUAUGCAGCAGAGCACACCACGCUCAAUGGGGUCAUACUGACACCAGCCAAAGAGAGAGAGAACGAAAGAAUACUGGAAGGAAGAGAGCGUCAGCCACAGACGAGCCUAAAUGUAUAG